AUGGUUAUGCCACGGCAGCAUGUGGUUGCCAAGAAAGGAACUCAGAAGUGCUUAGGUUUUUUUCUUCAGUGCUGUCCAGAAUCUUAUUCUGAUUCUUGGUCAUGUCAAGCUGCCGCCGAAUUGAGACUUGUCUCACAAAAGCCGUGCGUUUCUAAUUUUGUUCGAAAAACAAGUCAUGUUUAUACGGCGAAAGAAAACGACUGGGGAUAUAGCUGUUUCAUGACUUGGAUGGAUAUACUGGACGAAAACCAGGGAUACAUGAAAGACGAAAGUGUUAUUCUGGAAGUUUAUGUGAAGGCGGAUGCUCCAAAAGGAAUCCUAACCCACGAAGCGUUUUGUAAAAAGCUGCAGGAUUACAUGAAACUGGCAGACUUACAGUGUAGCAGAAGUUUAAUAGACAAAGCGCUAGAGGUGAAUCAGUCAGCGAUGAAGUUUUGCAAAGAUAAAGACGAGAAGAUGAAAGCUGAACUUAAUGCGCAGAAGUCUAGGCUGAUCGAGAAGAAGGUGAAGCAGUCUAUUGAGAGAAUAGAGAGAGAAGACAAAAAUCACGAAAAUAACGAAAGCAGUAACAUAUAUCUUAAACAGGCGAUUUCCGGUUGUGCAAAUGCAAAGAACGGUGUGAUCAAGAGCCCAAAAGAAAAAAAUGGGAACAAAUCAAUUGCCUCAAAUGAAAACCAAGAAAAUGACACCCCGGUUAUAGAUGAUGACAGUAGUCCUGAAAAGCCUAUUGUCAACAGUAUUGUCAAGGAACUGGUUUCAAAUGUUUCGAGAAAAGAGUUUCACGAGAUUGUGGAACUUGAAGAGGCAGAAGCGAGUUGCUCAGAUGAAUCUGAGGAUAGCGACUAUGAAGAUAUCGAUGAAGUGUGUGACAGCUGUUUGUUCGAGAGACUCGAAAACAUGUCCCAUGAUACACCACUCGAAGUCAUAGAAACACAAGAGAUCUCAUGUCAGACGGAUGCAAGCAGUAAUCCACCACCUCCACCCAACUCAAUUCUACCAGCCACGAAGCAGAGUGGCCUAAUCCCACCAGUGGGUGCCGGCGAUGCACAUGUUCAACGACUGACAUCGCCGAUCGUACCAGUGGCUAAAUCUGUGGCGUCUUGUUGCAAAGAAUCACGCCUCCAGUUCAAUGCGGAGAUACGCCGUCACCAUUGCCAGCAAAUGCAGCAGGGUGGUAAAGCUACGCCUACUUUAAACAUUGAUUCUAAAUGUAAACGUUUCCAAUAUAUUGCAGAGGAAAACAAGACACACCUGAGCAGCAUCAAGGACACACUUGAACGCCUAGUGUCCUUGGCACAAGGCGGAAGCGAGAUGUCGAACAGCAUUCAGCUGGAAUUAAACAUGCUGAAAUCGAAAAGCCCGAUUAAAACGGAUGUUGUAGAAAUACCUGCAUCUCUCCCUACGUCGCCGGUCGAGGAACAGGCCGUUCCUGGCGUGGACAAGAAUUCUGAGGCGACAGAGCUGCCCGUGGUACCGGCUCUGCCUGUUGCUGGUGUUCAGGCACUGUUGCCACCAAGCAUUAAGAACUGCAAACAGACUUCGGACGAGGAAAGAGUUGCAUGUGACUUGAACUGGCAAAAGCAGCAGCAGUUCGUGCAAACGGAUCUGAGCUACACGCCUAGGACUCCAUCUCCAGUUAACGAAGACGACUGUUCUAUUCUGAAACACGCCAAGGAGUUGGUCGAAAACAAAACUGAGGAAUUAGUCAGCAAAUACAGCCAGCUAAUCGAGCAGUCGGAGGCGAAUCGUCUUGCAGAAACUGUUAAAAAGGUUGAAAAGCGCAUGAAGGUUAGAUCUGUUCAUAUUCAACUGAACCAAAAUAUUCGUUUUGGGUGA